GCUGCGGAGCUUGUGGGAUCCGCCGCGGCGCCGGAGCCGUGGCCUGAGAGUUAGCGGGGCGGGCUGGCUCUUUCCAGAGGUGGGGACUGAGGACAAGUCGGCAAGAACCCGGGGCCACCGCCUCCUACCACUCCCCAGGCUGAGGGAGCGGGCACUCCGGAGCCUCUGAGGCAGCGGCGGCGGCAGCGGCAGCGGUAGCCGGUCAGAGGGGGUGGCCCCUGGCGGCGACGCCCCCAAGCCCAGUCCAGUCCUGCCCGGCCCCGCUCCAUCCCUCUGACCGCGGGAGACGCUGGGUGGACGGAGGAAGGCGGCUCCAAGGGGGCGGGAGGACGAUCCUCCCCUCCUGGGUGCUUCCUCGUCCCUUCCUGGGAGGGACCCACUCACACCUGAGCCCGGACCCACCCCUGGCCAGGGCCACGCUGGAUCCGCCUCCCGGCCUGGGUCCCGCCCGCCAGCUGCAGGUGGGCUGCAGGGCCCCAGCGUCGGGCAGUGGGCGACCGGGAAGGAGGUGAGCGGCGUCCUCGCCGGUUGCAGCUCGGGUCCUUGCCCCCGCUGCUGCGCUCUCCUCCUCCCCUUCUCACAAGCCAGGCUCGGAGCCGCGCGCCCGCCCCGCUGCGGUCGCCUGGUCCCCCCCGGGCACGAUGGAGCUCUCUCCGUCGUCUGGAGGAGUCGCUGAGGCGCUGUCCUGGCCGGAGAUGUUCCCAGGGCUGGAGUACGACUCUCCGCUGCCCCCGGAGGAACUAGACGCCGUUGUCCCAGUCAGUGGGGCUGUGGCCGGUGGUAUGUUGGAUCGAAUCCUUCUUGAGUCCGUGUGCCAGCAACAGAGCUGGGUCCGAGUCUACGAUGUGAAAGGGCCACCUACCCACCGUCUAUCUUGUGGCCAGUCACCCUACACCGAGACAACAACAUGGGAGCGGAAGUACUGCAUCCUCACAGACAGCCAGUUGGUUUUGCUCAACAAGGAAAAAGAGUUACCUGUGGAAGGGGCACAGGAACAGCAGACAGAUUCCACCAAGGGGAGAUGCCUGAGGAGAACUGUCAGUGUCCCUUCCGAGGGUCAGUUUCCUGAAUACCCACCAGAGGGCGCCACGAAACUGGAGGUGCCAGCAGAAAGGUCCCCUCGCAGACGGAGUAUCUCAGGGACCAGUACAUCAGAGAAACCUAAUUCCAUGGACACUGCAAAUACCUCACCCUUCAAAGUACCAGGAUUCUUCAGCAAGCGCCUGAAAGGCUCCAUCAAGAGGACCAAAAGCCAGUCAAAACUUGACAGAAACACGAGUUUUCGGCUUCCAUCCCUUCGCAGUACAGAUGACAGGUCUCGUGGGCUCCCUAAGCUAAAAGAAUCACGUUCCCAUGAAUCCUUGUUGAGCCCAUGCAGCGCAGUGGAAUGUCUGGAUCUUGGCAGAGGAGAGCCUGUCUCAGUGAAACCACUCCAUAGCAGCAUUCUUGGACAGGACUUCUGCUUUGAGGUCACCUACUUAAGUGGAAGUAAAUGUUUCAGCUGUAACUCUGCUUCUGAGAGAGAUAAGUGGAUGGAAAACCUUCGCAGGACAGUUCAACCUAAUAAGGACAAUUGCAGACGAGCCGAAAAUGUUCUCCGUUUAUGGAUCAUUGAAGCCAAGGACCUUGCCCCUAAAAAGAAAUAUUUCUGUGAACUGUGCCUUGAUGAUACCCUCUUUGCUCGUACAACCAGCAAGACCAAAGCAGAUAAUAUUUUCUGGGGUGAACAUUUUGAAUUCUUUAGCCUUCCACCUCUUCAUAGUAUCACAGUUCACAUUUAUAAGGAUGUGGAAAAAAAGAGAAAAAAGGACAAGAAUAAUUAUGUAGGGCUAGUUAACAUCCCCACUACCAGUGUGACUGGUCGCCAGUUUGUAGAAAAAUGGUAUCCAGUGAGCACACCUACACCCAACAAAGGAAAGACAGGAGGACCUUCUAUUCGUAUUAAAUCACGUUUCCAAACUAUCACCAUUCUGCCUAUGGAGCAAUACAAAGAAUUUGCAGAAUUUGUCACCAGCAACUACACCAUGCUGUGUUCUGUCCUUGAGCCAGUAAUUAGUGUGAGAAAUAAAGAAGAAUUGGCUUGUGCCUUAGUGCACAUUCUUCAAAGUACUGGCAGAGCCAAGGAUUUUCUGACUGACUUGGUGAUGUCUGAGGUGGAUCGUUGUGGGGAACAUGAUGUCUUGAUCUUCAGAGAGAACACUAUUGCCACCAAAUCCAUUGAGGAAUACCUCAAGUUGGUGGGACAACAGUAUCUUCAUGAUGCACUGGGGGAGUUCAUCAAAGCUUUGUAUGAGUCAGAUGAGAACUGUGAAGUGGAUCCCAGCAAAUGUUCAUCUAGUGAACUGAUAGACCAUCAAAGCAACCUGAAAAUGUGCUGUGAGCUGGCUUUCUGCAAGAUCAUCAACUCUUACUGUGUUUUUCCUCGUGAGUUGAAAGAAGUGUUUGCAUCAUGGAAGCAACAAUGCCUGAAUCGUGGCAAGCAAGACAUCAGUGAGAGGCUCAUUAGUGCCUCAUUGUUUCUCCGUUUUCUGUGCCCAGCCAUUAUGUCUCCCAGUCUUUUCAACCUUAUGCAGGAGUAUCCUGAUGACCGCACAUCUCGGACUCUAACUCUCAUUGCCAAGGUCAUCCAGAACCUGGCCAACUUUGCCAAGUUUGGUAACAAAGAGGAAUACAUGGCAUUCAUGAAUGAUUUUUUAGAACAUGAAUGGGGUGGAAUGAAGCGCUUUCUUUUGGAGAUCUCUAAUCCAGACACCAUCUCAAACACCCCAGGCUUUGAUGGUUACAUUGAUCUGGGCCGAGAGCUUUCAGUUUUGCAUUCCUUACUGUGGGAAGUAGUUUCCCAACUUGAUAAGGGUGAAAAUUCCUUUCUACAGGCAACCGUGGCAAAAUUGGGGCCUCUCCCUCGUGUUCUUGCUGACAUUACCAAGUCUCUGACUAAUCCUACGCCCAUACAGCAGCAACUGAGACGCUUCAUUGAGCAUAACUCCAGUCCAAAUGUCAGUGGAAGCCUCUCUUCUGGGCUGCAGAAAAUAUUUGAAGACCCCACUGACAGUGAUUUGCAUAAACUAAAAUCUCCAAGCCAGGACAACACAGACAGCUAUUUCAGAGGGAAAACAUUACUGCUGGUUCAGCAAGCCUCCUCCCAGAGCAUGACUUAUUCUGAAAAGGAUGAAAAGGAAAGUAGCCUUCCUAAUGGUCGGAGCAUCUCCCUCAUGGACCUUCAGGACACUCACGCUGCUCAAGUGGAGCACGCAUCUGUCAUGCUCGAUGUGCCUAUGCGCCUAACUGGAAGCCAGCUUUCCAUAAGCCAGGUGGCCAGCAUCAAGCAACUACGAGAAACUCAGAGCACUCCCCAGAGCGCGCCCCAAGUGAGAAGGCCCCUGCACCCAGCCUUGAACCAGCCAGGCAGCCUUCAGCCCUUAUCAUUCCAGAACCCUGUCUAUCACCUCAAUAAUCCAAUUCCAGCAAUGCCAAAGGCCUCUGUAGAUUCCAGUUUGGAGAACUUAAGCACUGCCAGUUCCAGAAGCCAAAGUAACAGUGAAGACUUUAAGCUCAGUGGACCCAGUAAUAGCAGCAUGGAAGAUUUCACCAAACGUAGCACUCAGAGUGAGGACUUCUCCAGGCGGCACACUGUGCCAGACAGACAUAUAGCUCUUGCUCUGCCACGACAAAAUAGCACUGGGCAGGCCCAAAUCCGAAAAAUGGACCAGGCUGGGUUAGGUGCCCGAGCCAAAGCCCCACCAUCUCUGCCACACAGUGCUUCCUUACGUAGCACAGGGAGCAUGUCGGUGGCAUCCGCAGCCCUCAUGGCUGAACCCCUGCAGAAUGGAAGCCGGUCCCGGCAGCAGUCUUCUUCCUCCAGAGAGAGCCCUGUUCCCAAAGUGAGAGCAAUCCAGCGACAACAGACACAGCAGGUUCAGUCACCUGUGGACUCUGCCACAAUGUCCCCAGUAGAGAGGACAGCAGCCUGGGUUCUGAACAAUGGGCAAUAUGAAGAAGAUGUAGAAGAAACCGACCAAAAUCAAGAUGAAGCCAAGCAUGCUGAGAAGUAUGAACAAGAAAUUACUAAACUGAAGGAGCGCCUGAGAGUAUCCAGCCGGCGGCUGGAAGAAUAUGAACGCCGGUUGCUAGUGCAGGAGCAGCAGAUGCAGAAGCUGCUGCUGGAAUACAAGGCCAGGCUGGAGGACAGCGAGGAGAGGCUGCGCAGGCAACAGGAGGAGAAGGACAGCCAGAUGAAAAGCAUAAUCAGCAGGCUAAUGGCUGUGGAAGAGGAGUUGAAAAAGGAUCAUGCUGAGAUGCAAGCAGUUAUUGAUGCAAAGCAGAAAAUAAUUGAUGCACAGGUCAUAAAUGGAGAUGAGAUUAUUCAAACAGGAAAAGCGGAUCGUGUCCCUGGAUUCAGCCAACACCAGACUGAUGAGCGCACUGACCCAAGUGAAGGAGCGGUACAGCAUGCAGGUCCGCAAUGGCAUCUCCCCCACCAAUCCCACCAAGCUUUCCAUCACGGAGAAUGGUGAAUUUAAAAACAGCAGCUGCUGAUGGGCUUUGUGAACAGACAGACUAUGGAAGGAGACAGAAGGAAACUGACCUGCUCUCCUAUCCCCAGCCCUUUACCCAGCCCCUCCUGGUUUACAGAAUGUUGCUACUUCACAAUGGCAAUGUGGUAAGAAACACUUGAAUGAAGAAAAGGAACCUUGUCUUUCAGGGCAUAAGGCAACGACUUCCAAGGUCAAUGCUUUCCCUCCUCAUCUCUAUGUACAUAGGGAACUUAGUUCUGGGCCAUGUACAGAAAAUACCACUGUAAUAUACCAAAAGGAAGUUAAUAAUGUAGAUUACCUUUUUGAUUAUUGCUAUUUUUAUUAUUGUUUGUCUCUUGUUGAAAGCACUGCAGUUGUUAGAGGAGGAAAAGUAGGAAGUACGUGUGAGUGAGAAAUGAGCCUAUGGGUUCAGUAGGUAGCGUGUCUAUAUGAUAGAAGCACAUGGAAUGCAAUAGGAUAUUGUCAGAAUGAAUUUUUCAGGGAUUCAUAUACCAGUUUAAAGACUUUAUUCUGGCCCCCCUUUGUAUGUUAGGAAAACAUACAAAUACCAAGAUCCAUACAAAACAAUAAAUCAUUCUACUGGUCAGCCAAGACUGGUUCUGGUUAGACAGCUAAUCUGAUUUGGGGAUUCACAAUUUCAAAGAAUACAGAUAAAAGCUGUUGUAUCAAAACUGGACUUUUAGGAGUGAUUUCUAUUGAACUCCUAUCAAUAUGUUUAUUUCCUCUAUCUAUAGCAGAUAGGAAUUUUCUGUUUUAGAUAGGGGGCUUUUUAAAAACUUCCAGUUGUAAUAAAGGAUGUUCUCUUUCCUCUUUUAGAGUUUACAAAACUAUAAAUAUUUGUGUCUCUACAUACCAUUUUCGUCUUCACACAUUCACUGCUUUUUUCUCCCCAUGGUGGAAGCAGUCAUCACUAACAGGGUUUACUCUCUCCUGGAGAGGUUAUUCAAAUAUGCUGUCCAUAAGCCAUCAAAAAUAAACACCCUUUCUUUCGUACAGAAAAGGGCUAACCAUACCAUUGCAGGAAUCUCUGAAUAUUUUCUAUUAAAAAAUUUUUCUAUUAAGUUAUAAUUUUUGUUUGGAAUAAGGCUGUAUCCAGUAUACUAGCAAAUCUACAGGCAGGGCAAUUUUAUCUCCGACUUUAACUUUUAAACUACUUCUUCCCCUUAUCUCCUCAGUAAAAUUUGAAAAGGAAAUCCUAAUCUGAUACCAUUCUCUUAAAAGUGAUCAUUAUGUAAACAAAGUGUCGAGAUGGUACAUUCCGAUUGUUAUUCCCAUCCUCCUGGUAGAUCUGGCAAUAAUGACCUACUUUCAACAUCUGUCAUCCAUAGCUUUAUUAUAGGACAGGAAAAGUCAUGGAAUCUUUAUUUUCUUUUUUCCAAAGGUGUGAAAUGUCAUCUUGAAUGCAACCUUAAUUACCAGAAAUAUGGAAUAUUACAUGUUAAACAGAUACUAUAUAUACAAAUAUAUAUACAUUUAUACACACAUAUGUACAUAUAAGUGCACAAAUAGGAAAAUCUCAUGCCUUCUAUGCUGUCAGAUAAAAUGUUAGAAGGGUCUUGAAUCUCUUUAAGCAAGAUCUAAGCCAUUGUUUGUUUUAUAUUGAGAAAAUAAUGUUUCUCAAAUAAGUUGAUGUUUAUUUUAAAUUAUAAACAUUAAGGAUUUUUUUUUUCUUUAAAGGAAAGGGAUAGGGGGAAAAAAGAACUGACAGAGCCAUGUGCAUGGAAUGAGUGUUUCUACAUAACAGAAUAUUUACAAGAGAAUAUGGAUAGUGCCUGCUUUUGAGUGAAGCCCAGACACACACCAGACCUUCUUUUCACCAAGGCGGGGGCUUGCAUUGCAACCUCUUGAACUCUGCCCUCUCUCAGGUGGAUCUUUGCAUUGACCUUAUAUUUCAGAAACCACAUCAUGGCCCCAUAACCCACAACCUUUUAAAACAGUUUCCUUCGGGUGGCCCCUGUGGCUCAGUGAGCAGGGUGCCGGCCCCAUAUACCGAGGGUGGCGGGUUCAAACCCGGCCCCGGCCAAACUGCAACAAAAAAAAAAGCCGGGCGUUGUGGCAGGCGCCUGUAGUCCCAGCUACUCGGGAGGCUGAGGCAGGAGAAUCGCCUAGGUCAGGAGUUGGAGGUUGCUGUGAGCUGUGUGAGGCCACGGCACUCUACCGAGGGCGAUAAAGUGAAACUCUGUCUCUACAAAAAAAAAAAAAAAAAACAGUUUCUUUCUUAAGAGUCCCUGUUUCUGCCAGACAAAGAUCUGACAUAGGAGCUUCUGAUUGUGUUUAUUUGAUCUGCAGGCUUUAUGCCAAGCUGUUUUGUCACUUGUGUCUUUUCUUGACUGUUGGUAGUUGUUUUACAAAUUCUGACAUCUUCCCUCCAAGCUGAGCAACACUGAAGUCAAAAUCACUUAUUUUAAUAGGAAAAAGAAGUUCUAGAUUCUUAAGUAGUUGCCCUUUGAUCUAGCCUCAGGUCUAGACGUGUUUAAUUCAUUCUUUGUAAAACCUUUCAUUGUGCCACAGAAAAUCUGGUAAAAGAACUGUCAUUUUCAGUGGCCAUAAGCAUGUAACAUAGGUGAUGUCUUGCAUUUAAGUUUAGAAGCUCUCAAGUGUUGUUUGUGGAUUAGAGAGGGCUGAUAAAAUUUCCUAUUUUGAGAACUGAGACACAAAAAUCAAAUGUGUUUUGGAUAGAUACAAAAUAUCCUAUAAGCAUUGUGGGAGCUCUUUAGAGGGCUGUCUACAUUGGAAGACUAAAUGCCCAAAACAUUUGGACAAAUUAUGCAGCCCUCUACUAUUAGAUUAUCUUGAAUGAAGAAAAAAAUAUUAAAACAAGAAUAAUAAUAAUAAUAAAAGAGUUAGAAGUAAGCUCAGAGUUCAGAGUUGUUGCCAGAUGUUACAUUGUCCUAUGAAUCUAUUCCUAUCCAAAUAUUUUUGUAUUUCUUAAGAGAAUGCUGCAAUCUAUAGAACUUAACUGCAAAUGAUUUUUUUAAAGUAUGGAAGAUGGCAGCAUCAGCAUACUCCCUGAGUCUCUGCAAUAAAAGCCAUGUCAGAGGGGAGAUUAUAACUGGGUAACUAUCACAAGCACUUGAGUACUUACUAUAUUCUAAGUAUUACCACCAAGGUACUAUUUGGGUCUAGGGCAGUGUAAGGGAAUUGUGGUGAAAUGAGGUAAUUGUGUUGCUAUAGCUUUUUGUUUUUUUCACUUAGUGUUAAGUUGGUCAGAAUUAGGGUUCUCUGAUUCGUCUGCUUCCACCUUUCUCUGUGAUGGUAUUAGACAGUGAAAGAAAAGGUAAGAUUUUUUUGGCUAAGGCUCCUAUAAGUAUUAACUAUAUGGCCUUGAGAAUGAAUGUGCUUGCCUUUAGAAGUAGAUCUUAGUCUAUCCAUGGCCCUUGUUUAUGAAUCUGUGUGUGGUGCAUAUACCACUGGCUUUUAUUGUGUCCUCAAAUUAUACCAGAUUGGGAGCAGAGUUCUUUUUCAGAAGUCCCAGAGCAAGAUAAUUGUCAAGUGAGUUUGCAUUAGAAUUUGUUCUGUCUUCCUUCUAGGUUUAGUUCUUCUAGUUAACUCUGGUUUGGAGUUCCUGCGAAGGCUGGUUAUGGGACUGAGCCUGCAGAAGGAACCUUCUUCAGGAUGUCCUCAGUCCCAUCAUUCUACUCCAUCUGACCCUGAGUCCCACCCAUGCUUGACACCAGACUAGACUGAUAGCUGGGCCAAGAGCCCAGGCCACAAGCCCUGCUGCACUUUCAGCUACACCUUUAGAAGCCACCUCCAGACUGUGGAAAGCCAAAAAGACUUUUUUCUUUAUUCCCUUCCCUUUUUCAACUAAAGUAGUGAAAUCUCCUUCUUGCCCCAGCAAUAAAUAGUUGCCUUCCCGCCCCUUACCUGGGGGUCAAGAAUUUGGGAAACUUUGUUUUUUUAUCAAUAUGUCAGUUUAUUUUAUUGGUUUAUUAAAAGCAGGGAAUGUUGAAUUUUUAAAUAGAAUCUUUUUAUAUUUAAGUGAUUAUUAAUUCUAGAAGUGUUCUUGUUGUCGUGACCCAGUUAUGAAUUCUCUUAAACUUAGGAAGGACAAGUGAUGAAAUUUGCAUGAGAUAGAAUAAAUAUAAGGAGUAAAAAAACCUAAGAAAGAUACAUGAUUCAGAAAGGUACUAAUGCAUAGCAAUCUUCUCAGUAGCCCAAAAGUUCACGGAAACAAUAUGUAUAUCCCUUUCCCACUCUUAAAAUACAAAGAUACAUAGAAAGGCAGUUUCUAUACACAACACACACACCCCCACACCAAACACACAGUUCCUAGAGGUUCCUUUUUCUAAUGUUAAUCCAUUUUAUUAAGCAGGAUUCCCAAACGUUUGAGCUGUUUAGAUCUUAUGCUCUCAUUUGUUAGAUUUUGUAACAGUCAUUCUAUCCACUUUAAAAUGUACUAUAUGUCUUCUAUGUAUAUGUAAGUUAAAGUGACUUGAAAUUGACUUGGUGUGACAUUGUCUGUUGAUACCAUGGGGAGUCACAGAAGGAAAGUUGACUAUCACUGAUCUAAGAGUAGGAUUGGUUCCUGAUCAGUUAACCCUCAGGUGUUUGAGUAGCCAACUAAGAGAGACUUGCCAAAUGCAGUGAAUCACCCAAAAAAAGGAAAGUGGUAGGUUUUGCUCAUUUCAGCAUGCAUUUUAGUUUCGUACUCAUUUGUUAUUUUUCAUUCUAACGCUCUCAUUGUUCCCUAGCAAUUAUUCUAGUUUGGGACUUAAAACCAGAUUUACCUAUUGUUAUAGAGAGAUUGCCACAGAAAAUCAUCUCCAUCGUCUGUGUGGGGGGUACAGAUAUUUAUGUAUAAGUAUGCGUAUGUCAUUUCCAAACUUCCAUGGGAAAAAUUUCAAUUCUCAUUUCACAAAAAGGUUAAAUAUUAAUUGAGUCAAUGACCACUAUCCUGCAGAAAAGUUAAAUAGUAAAUUAGGUUAAAUUUUAACUGGUGCUUAGACAUUUCCUAGUUAUAUUAAAAUUAACUUAAGCAGACAGCAACACAUUAACCUGAAUCACGCCUGUGAGGAAUUUACCUUCUAAAUUUAAUUUUGUUUUUCAUCUCCAGGGCCUUAAUAAGAGUGUGCUAACACACAUGACUAUUUUACAAUGAUAGCUCUAAAUAAUUUAUUUUUUAUUUCAAGAAAGAGAAAUACACCUUAGAAAAACAAUACCCAAGAUUUUAUUUUAUUUUUAAAGCCAUAUUUUUGUGCUAGUAGCACUUAUAUUGUUCCAUAUGUGAGAUCCAUAUCCACAUUUCAUUACCUGGGUUUGUUCUAAAGAAGAUUUAUUUUUGUUCUGUGAAUAAUUUUUGAUGGUUCUUGUACAUGUACAGAUAUAGAUACAUUUGAGGUCUUUUAUUGAUAUUCCUACAAAGAGUACAAAUAAACUUUAACUUUAAACA